CAAAGAAAAAUUAUAUACACAUCAUUCUGAUCAAAUUUGGAGCAAAUGUGAAAAAGAUCAGUCUGCUGAUGCAGAAGGAUUUACAGAUGGACAGAUGGAUAUACAAGGAGCAACGCAAUCUCUGCUGGAAGAAGAACCGAAUAAAUGGGCACCUGAAGGAAGAGAACUGGAAAAAGAUAUGGAAAUGGAGGUAUUAGAUGAAGGUAUACGGUUGUGGUCAGCUAGUAAGGAAGCUAACAUCCGGUUGCUGCUCUCGACAUUGCACCAAAUUCUAUGGCCUGACAGUGGUUGGUAUGAAAUCCAUAUAACAAACCUGGUAGAAAGCUCACAAGUGAAAAAGGCUUAUCAGAAAGCAAGGUUGUGUCUGCACCCUGACAAGCUGCAGCAAAGAGGUGCAACGUUCAUGCAAAAAUAUGUUGCAGAGAAGGCAUUUUCAAUUCUCCAGGAAGCAUGGGCAGCAUACAUCUCCCAAGACUUCUUCUUUAGCUAGAGGAUGAGUAGUAGUCAGUCCUCUCUGGAAAGGAAACCUGUUUCAACUCAAAACUGAGGCACCUUAUGUAUAUAUUCAAAGAAAGUGCCAGAGAUGAAACACAUAAUUCCAUUGUUUUUAGUACAGAUGUUUCAAAAACCUGCUUCUUUUGUAUCCAUAUACUGUUGUGUUUUGUCACUCAAUGGCUAGACUAUGUAAUUUUAUAAUAUGAGAAAUGCGUUGCCCACCCCGACCUGAGGUAUGCAUCAAACCCUGGUGUUUUACUCGAGAACUAGAUGUUCACGUCUUCAUCAAGUGAAUCCAACGGCGUGGUGGAUUGAAGGAUGAUAGUGAGAUUACCACGACUAUGAGUUCCUUAUUGAGAUUUCAAUUGUACUUUGCAGAAACAAUCUUGGAGCUCUACUUUUUCUCUUUCUUCCUAUGAGUUUCACCAGUUUCUUUACCUGACAAUUUUUAAAACUUUAUUUAUCAAUUGCAUCGAGAUUAGGACAAUCACUUUUUUUUU